AUGGUGAGGAUCGUGAGAAGCUGCUUGCAGUCCAUGUUGAAGCUGGUGAAUUCCCUUCUUGGGAUGGUUGGGGUCGCCAUGAUCCUCUACGCUGUUUGGCUCAUUAGGCAAUGGCAAGAACAAACGGGGAACCUCCCCUUCGCUGAUUCUGAUCACCCCGUUCCUUGGUUCAUUUAUGCUUUUCUUGGUCUCGGCGCUAUUCUCUGUGUGGUCACUUGUGCCGGGCACAUAGCUGCUGAAACCGUUAAUGGAUGCUGCCUUUACUUUUAUAUGGGAUUCAUCGUUUUGCUGAUUAUGGUUGAAGGCGGUUUGGUUGCCGAUAUCUUUCUCAACCGUGAUUGGAAGGAGGACUUUCCAGAGGAUCCGAGUGGUGCUUUCCACCACUUCUCUAAGUUCAUCGAGUCGAACUUCAAGAUUUGCAGAUGGAUAGGUCUCUCUAUUGUCUGUGUCCAGGGUGUAUCAGUUCUAUUGGCCAUGUUGCUCAAAGCUCUUGGACCUCACCGUCAUUAUGACAGUGACGAUGAAUACAGUGUAAGCAGGGUCGCGCUCCUGCGAGAUGCUCGCCAGCCGCCUCCGUACGUUGUUGGAGAACCCAUUUAUGGAGCCAAACCGGAUGCUUGGACUGUUAGGAUCAAUGAGCGAUCCAAC